CGAGUUCUCUACUUCAUGCGUUGGCAACACUGGUUGUCCAAACUGCAGUUCACUCAGUUGACCAUCUUUCGACCGUUUGACGCUUAUAAGCAUUAUAAGUGAUAAACGUUUCGCUCGUUAGCACAGUUUUGAAAAAUCAUUUACUACGGACGCGACCACGAUGAAACCUACCCCGGUGGCGGACGAAAUGUUCCCCGAAGGUGCAGGUCCGUUUACGGACCUCGAAGAGGCAGGUGGAUCGAGUGGAUUAUUAGUGGACCUCCCUUCGACCGAGAAGGCGGUUCAUGCUGACUUUUUCAAUGAUUUCGAUGACUUAUUUAACGAUGACGAUUUCAGCUAAUACCUCAGAAGUGUCGUGAUCGUUUUCUAAGAUCAACGGAGCAGUUGAUAUUUUUAAGAUGUAGUCAGUUAUUAGGUAUAGUAUAUACGUUCUUUUUUUUCCAUAAAACGUUCCAAGAAAUUUGUAGUACACGUGUACUUUCAAUAAUCAUGAAAAUCAGAAGAGCAUAAGUUUAGUUCCAUUACUAAUAAGCAUGUUUGUAAGUAAAUUUAAUCGAGUAUGUAUCAUCGCUUUCCCUAAUACGUGAAUCAGUAACAAUCGGACAUUAUUUCAAUGAUUAAAAAGUACUUUAUUUCAUUGGCAUUGUAAACUAUGUACACUUUGCCACAUAUCUUAUCUAGUUGUAAAAGGUUGAAUUUGACUUAAACGUAAAUCAUGAUAAAAUCAAAACUCAAGGUUUAAGAUAGCGGUAUAAUGAAUUUCAUAGGAUCGAGCUAAAAUAAGCAACCUCGCUAAACAAUUAUUCCAAAUUACAAUUAGCGCAUUACGUACUAAGUUAAACAAACUGCACUCACCGUGCAGAUUGUCACGAUAACAGUUCCAUUCUUUUACAAUCAUAAUCAAAACAAGGAUAUUAUAUCUAUAACCGUCUCGUAGAACAGUUUUACAACGUAUGCCAUGAUUAAACGAACCAAAAUUACAGAUUUCAAAUUAAAAUCACUACCCGCGUAUACAUAAAGUAGUUAAUUAAUUUCAACUUUAUAUAACAAUGCAUACAAAAAGAAAAUGAAUACCAUUCAAUAAGUCAGUUACGCAUCUGCACGAUGCACUGCCUAAAACGAUUUGUACAUGUAAAUUUGACGUUAAUCGUUAGAAAAUCUUUCCGACUUUUAACAGAAUACUACCAGUUCCAUCGAUUACUCUUUAACGCACUUCAACAAAUGUUAUUAAUAUCAAGAAUCGGGGUGAUGUUACAACAAAAAUUGCAAUUUACAUUGGACAGAUCGGAGGAAUACUUCCGGACGUUUACAAAGCUUUCGCGGUUGGUUUCAUUUUCGUGCCUUUGAUACAAAGGCAAUCCAUGUAAAAGGAUAAUAUCCGUAUAAAGGAUCUCGGUAUCAUUGCAAUGGAGAGUUGCUUUUAAACGUGCGUGAUACAGGAGCUCCGGACCAAAAAAAAAAAAA